ACACACUAACAUGGCUUCCUUAACCUUCCUAGUGUUACUCCUUCUUGGUCUUGUCAUCCCUCAGGGGUUUGCCAAUUAUGAAUCACCUCCAAUUUAUCAACCACCGGUGAAAACACCACCAAUCUACAAGCCACCUGUAGAGAAACCUCCUGUUUACAAACCACCUGUUGAGAAGCCUCCAGUUUACAAACCACCAGUAGAGAAACCACCUGUGUAUAAGCCACCCGUUGAAAAACCACUUGUUUACAAACCUCCUGUUGAGAAGCCUCCAGUUUACAAGCCACCUACAGAAAAGCCACCAGUCUACAAACCACCAGUUUACAAGCCACCAGUAGAGAAGCCUCCAGUCUACAAACCACCAGUUUACAAGCCACCAGUAGAAAAGCCUCCUGUGUACAAGCCUCCAGUUGAAAAGCCUCCAGUCUACAAGCCACCUGUUGAGAAACCUCCAACAUACAAGCCACCAGUUGAAAAACCUCCGGUUUAUAAGCCACCGGUUGGAUAUCAGCCACCAGUUUACACUCCUCCUUAUUAGAAAAUGCUAUUAAGGAAGUAUGCUAAAUAAGAAAUAUAUAAAGUUUACAAAGCAUGGAAUCUAUAUUCUUGUAAUCUUUAUUUCAAUCCUUUGUUUACAAUGUCAUUGCAAAAACAAGAAUGUGAGUGUAAAACUGAAAGAAAAUUGUGCUUUUGUUCUCUAUAUUAUAAAUAAAAGCAUCAUGAUUUAAAUGUUGUUCUAUGUUAUCUGUACUAAUCAACAUAAAAGC